AUGGCCAGCCUUAAGGAUCUCGAAGGGAAGUGGUGCCUGUUGGAAAGCCAUGGCUUUGAGGAGUACAUGAAAGAGCUAGGAGUAGGACUGGCUCUUAGGAAGAUGGCUGCCAUGGCCAAACCAGACUGCAUCCUUACUUGUGAUGGCAACAACCUCACCGUCAACAACCUCACCAUCAUCAACCUCACCAUCAACAACCUCACCGUCAACAUCACCGUCAACAACAUCACAGUCAAAACCGAGAGCACAGUGAACACUACGGUGUUCUCUUGUACCCUGGGAGAGAAGUUUGAUGAAACUAUGGCUGAUGGCAGGAAAACCGAGACAGUCUGCACCUUCACGGACAGUGCCCUGGUCCAGCACCAGAAGUGGGAAGGGAAGGAAAGUACGAUAACCAGGCAACUCAAGGAUGGGAAGAUGGUUGUGGAGUGUGUCAUGAACAAUGCCACCUGCAUGCGCGUCUAUGAGAAGGUUCAAUGA